AUGAUAGAAUCAGGACGCUUGGUUUAUAUUAGGUCUCAUCAAAAGUCACUUCGAUGUGAAUCAUACAAAUGUUUGACAGAUGCGUUAACAUGUGGCGAAGUAGAUCCUACUGCCCAAGGAAAACACAUAAUUUUGCCAUCGAGUUUUACCGGAGGUGCAAGAUAUAUGGUGCAGAAUUACCAAGAUGCAAUGGCUAUUUGUAGAUGGAUCGGGUAUCCAAGUCUAUUUAUUACAUUCACAUGUAAUCCUAAGUGGCCCGAGAUUGAAAGAUUUUUACAACCAAGGAAACUCAAAGCUGAAGAUAGGCCAGAUAUAGUAUGUCGUGUGUUUAGAAUGAAAUUAAAUGCACUAAUUAAAGACAUUCAGAAAGAGAGAAUUUUUGGAGUGGUAGAUGCAGUAAUUUACACCAUUGAAUUUCAAAAAAGGGGACUGCCACAUGCUCACAUUUUGAUAUUCUUGAGCAAGAGUAACCCUUACCCUAAUCCUAAAGAUAUUGACCGGAUCAUAUCUGUCGAGAUUCCAAGUCCACUGUGCGAACCUGAGUAUUAUCAAGCUGUAGCAGAAUUUAUGAUUCACGGUCCAUGUGGUGCAGUUAGGAAGAAUUCACCUUGCAUGAUAAAUGGUAUGUGUUCUAAAUUCUUCCCCAAAAAAUUUGUGGAAAACUCAAUAGUGGAUUUUGAUGGAUAUCCAAUAUAUCGGCGUAGAGAUAAUGGUCGUACAGUUUGGAGGAAUGGGAUUGACCUUGAUAGUAGAUAUGUUGUUCCACACAAUAGACAUUUGCUUAUGAAGUACAGGGCUCAUAUUAAUGUGGGGUGGUGCAACCACUCUAGGUCAAUAAAGAACUUAUUCAAGUACGUCAACAAGGGUAAUGAUAGGGUCACAGCUGAAUUCUACAACAGUGGGGUGGAAGAAUCUACUGGAAAGAUUAUAGAUGAAAUCAAGAUGUACUAUGACUGUAGAUAUAUUUCACCCCCUGAGGUCGCGUGGAGGAUUUUUGCGUUUGACAUACAAUUCAGGAAUCCAUCGGUUGAGCGGUUGAGUUUUCAUCUCCCCAAUGAGCAAUCAAUAAUAUUUCAUGACAACGAUUUGGUCAAUGAUGUUGUAAAUAGACCGACAGUAGCUCAAAGCAUGUUUACUGCCUGGUUUGAGGCUAAUAAAAAGUACGCUGCAGGGAGGCAGUUGACUUACUCACAGAUGCCAACCAAAUUUGUUUGGAAAAAUGAUAAAAGAGAAUGGCAACCUAGGCAGAGAAAUUGGGCAAUUGGUCGAAUCUUUUAUGUGCCACCAAAUACUGGUGAGAUUUUUUAUCUUAGAUGUUUACUUAAUAUAGUUCGUGGACCGACUUCAUUUGAUGAGAUUAAACAAGUAGAUGGUGUUCAAUACAAUUCAUUUAGAGAUGCAUGUUAUGCAUGCAGAUUAAUCGAAGAUGAUAAAGAGUAUGUUGAUGCAAUCACUGAGGCAGCAUCUUGGUCUUUACCCCAUUCGCUACGUAAGUUGUUUGUUACACUUCUGACAUCCAAUUCAAUGUCCAAGCCAGAAAAUGUUUGA